GUGGAAAAUUAAAAUUUGUGAAUGGAAUCGGUACAACAUUACAAUAACGACAAGCGUAGCUUUUUGUUGAUAAACUUAGUAUAUUUUGAACAUUAAAAAAUUUAAAUAUAUCUGUAAAUUAAAGACAAUUAUAGACAAUUUAACCAAAAAAUUUUUACAAAAUGAUAACAAAUUCGGUUGCCGUUAAUCAUAUUAUGCAUUAUUUAGGACAAGCAGAUGCGCGAAAUACGCUAAUAUUGUUUUCGGUGGUUAUUGUGCUAGUGCGAUUCGUGCAACGGUUAUCUAAAUCAUACAGAGAAUUUAAACAUUUACCACCGGGACCGUGGGGUCUGCCAAUAUUCGGAUAUUUGAUAUUUAUGGGAAAAGAGAAGCAUACUCGCUUUAUGGAAUUAGCCAAAAGUUAUGGAUCCAUAUACAGUGCCCGAUUGGGUUAUCAAUUAACCGUUGUUAUCAGUGAUUAUAAAAUGAUUCGGGAAAUAUUUCGCAAAGAAGAAUUUACUGGACGACCGGACACACCAUUUUUGAAAACGAUCAAUGGAUUCGGAAUUAUAAACAGCAUAGGUGACCUCUGGAAAGAGCAACGAAAAUUCUUACACGAUAAACUGAGAUUGUUCGGAAUGACAUAUUUGGGCAAUGGCAGACAUAUUAUGGAAGGUCGAAUUAUGUUGGAAGUAAAAGAUUUACUAAUAAAUCUAAACAAAGCAGUUGGUCAACCAGUCGAUCUAAGUCCCAUUUAUUCGGUGGCUGUUAGCAAUGUCAUUUGUAAUAUAAUGAUGUCCGUACGAUUCUCAAUAGAGGAUCCGAAAUUUCGCAGACUGAACCAUCUGAUCGAAGAGGGAAUGCGAUUAUUUGGUGAAAUUCAUACAGUGGAUUAUAUACCGUCGUUUCAAUACUUGCCAGGCAAACGAACGGCAAGAAAUAAAAUUGCUAAGAAUCGUGAGGAUAUGUUUGAGUUCUAUAAAGAAGUUAUUGAUGAUCAUAGACGUACGUUCGAUGGAAACCGUAUCAGAGAUUUGAUUGACACAUAUUUAGCAGAGAUUGAUAAGGCAACGGAAGAGGGCAGAGAUAAAUUGUUAUUUGAAGGAAAAAAUCAUGAUCAGCAAAUAAUGCAAAUUAUGGGUGAUCUGUUUUCCGCUGGAAUGGAAACUAUUAAAACAACACUGUUAUGGAUCAAUGUUUACAUGCUAAGAAAUCCGCAAUCGAUGAAGAAAGUGCAAGAAGAACUGGAUCUUGUCGUUGGACGCCAGAGACUACCGUCAAUCGAAGAUCUGCCUUAUCUGCCAGUAACUGAGUCGACAAUUUUAGAAUCAAUGAGACGAUCGAGCAUUGUGCCAUUAGCUACAACACAUUCGCCAACACGAGAUGUUCACCUCGAUGGAUACAUAAUACCGGCUGGUUCACACGUUAUUCCCCUCAUCAAUAGUAUACAUAUGGAUCCAAAGCUCUGGGUGAAUCCCGAAGAGUUCAAUCCGAAGCGAUUCAUUGAUACCGAUGGAAAAGUGAAAAAACCUGAAUAUUUCAUGCCAUUCGGAGUCGGGCGACGAAUGUGUUUAGGAGAUGUUUUAGCGAAGAUGGAAAUCUUUUUAUUCUUCGCCACAAUAGCCCAUACAUUUGACAUCGUACUCGCACCGGGUGUUUUAAUGCCAAGUCUAAAGGGAAAUGUUGGUGUCACCAUAACACCGUCUAGUUUCAACGUUUGCUUAACGCCGAGACCGUUAAAUUUGGACCAAGGAAUGGCAUCAUCACAUUGUCGUAACAUUGGUUCGUCGUAGACGUGUGUGCGUUUUUGUUUUAUUUGUACAUCGGUUCUGUUCCUAUUCAUCAUCAAACAUAUUACAUUUAAAAAAAAAAAACGAAAAACUGUAAAAAAAUACUCGAAUUUGCUUCUAUAUUUUAUGAUUUUGUGUCCAGACAGUUUAUAUAAAUAGUUUGCAUAAUAUUCGUUGCUGUAUAAAAUGUCCUUCUCGUCUAAUUUAUUCAAAAGAAAAAGCCCAAACAAAACGAAGAAAAACGAAAGAAAGAAAGAAGAGAAAAGAAUAAUAUUUUGUAUAAAAACAUGAAAUUUAUCGUAAGAUCAAUGAAAGUACUUUUGUCAUAUUGAAGAGGAAAACAAAAAUGAACGGCUCCUCAAGUACACUCACAUAAUUUUUAAGAUGGGAAAUCGGCAUUGGAAAAGAAAGUCCAUACAGUGUUUUUUGUCAUCUUAACAGUUAUUGACGUAGUUCGGCAGAAGCACAGCUUUCUCAUGAGAGUGUGAAGCCAAACAAACAAACGGACAAGGCAUUGUAUUCGAUAAAUAACUUUCAUUAGCUUAAUAAACACAGAAGAUGAUGCAAAUCUUAAGCGAAACUCACAAAUUACGGGAACAUAUUUUCCUAAUGAAUUAAGUCUCGGAACAGGUCAGGUAUCUCUGAUCUGAAUUCAUUUGAACUUACCUGAAAGACAAUGGAAUUGGAAAAUUCUAUGUGAAAUGGAAAAAAAUUUCUUUAAAAAACCAGUGAACCUGACAACCUCCUAGGUCAGAUCAGGUAUAAAGUCCAGUUUCAGGUUAUUUCAAAUAAAAUCUAAAAUUUCGGAUCAGGUUUCAGGUUGUCCUGACCUGUUGCAAGCCUUAAAAAUGAAUCUGAGCGACAUAUUCACUUACUGGAUGUAGCCGCAACGAUUUCAAUAUAAUCGAUGGAAUUUGGUGAAUAUGAUAGUUCGAAUAUUGAUAAAAGUAUACGCUAACGAUGUUCCCUAAAUGAUUUGCCACCGUUUGUCGGAAUGAAAAAUGAACAAUGCAAGAUAAGCAUGUCACUGCGGCACAAAAUUCUGUGUUUCUGCCCAGGAUCCGGCAGAUUCGGCUCAUAAAGCAUGUUUUUAAUGGUCAGCUAAAUAUGAACAUGAUAAAGGCAAAUUAUGCUCAUCUUCAUGAGUAAAUUGUAAUAUUAUAUUUCACCUAACAUCUACCUACUUUGUGCCAAUGUAUAAAACUUUGGGGUUCUUUGUUUUGUAUACAAAAGUAAAUUAACACAAAAAUAAAGAUGAGGAGUUGCCGGGAGUUGCAUUUUCUCGCGACAUUUGAUACUCUUCGAGGACAAUUUUCCAUUUGUCUUCUCUAAUAUUAUACAAAUAUUUAUAGCUGGGUGGAUAUCAUAUAUCGUCUAUCCGUUUUUCUUAUUACUUGUUUUGCUUAUAGCUUUAGAUAAAACAUUUCUUAUGAAAUGAAUUCGUAGAGGAAAGAUAUACUUUUAAGUAAAAUUUAUGAAAUUGAAGAGAAAAAACUUUCGAAGCAUAAAAAAAAUCGUAAAAAAU